AUUUGCUCUUUUCCCAUUCGUCUCAACGCCGGUAUCCUCAUAAGAUUCAGAGACUCCGCUAUGGCAGAAGGCGAACCGCAAGUCCAGUUUAAGCUGGUGUUGGUGGGCGAUGGAGGCACAGGGAAGACCACCUUUGUGAAGAGACACUUGACAGGGGAGUUUGAGAAGAAAUAUGUGGCCACGCUGGGUGUGGAGGUGCACCCCCUGGUCUUCCACACCAACAGAGGGGCCAUCAAGUUCAACGUGUGGGACACAGCCGGGCAGGAGAAGUUCGGGGGGCUCCGAGACGGAUAUUACAUUCAGGCUCAGUGUGCUGUCAUCAUGUUUGACGUGACCUCGAGGGUCACCUACAAGAACGUGCCCAACUGGCAUCGUGACCUGGUGCGCGUGUGCGAGAACAUUCCCAUCGUCCUCUGCGGCAACAAGGUGGACAUCAAGGACCGCAAGGUCAAGGCCAAGAGCAUCGUCUUCCACCGCAAGAAGAACCUGCAGUAUUACGACAUCUCCGCCAAGAGCAACUACAACUUUGAGAAGCCCUUCCUGUGGUUGGCACGGAAACUGAUCGGAGACCCCAACCUGGAGUUUGUGGCCAUGCCCGCCCUCGCCCCCCCAGAGGUCGCCAUGGACCCCUCCCUCGCCGCGCAGUACGAGCACGACCUCAAAGUGGCGUCAGAAACAGCGCUCCCAGAUGAAGACGAUGACCUCUAACCUGUGACCCCCCCCCCCCACCUUCCUGACCUCCCCUACGGUGGGAGGAGUCAACAGAUCGACUGUGUCCUUGGUUAACCUUUAACCUUUUGCUGUAAAAUCCCAUUGCAAUUUUUUUUAAGAGUUUUUUUUUGUUUGUUUCAAGCUGAAAAUAUGUCCAGUAGUGUGUACAUUUCAGUGUAGACACACUCGACACGUUCCAGAUACAACGCUCUGUUCAGACGCGUACACCUCGCAGAACCACAUCAGGAUGGCAAGCGCAGUAUUACACAGUACUGACAGACAAACAUGGAAGCACUUUGAGAAAACCUUUGAAUAAAACGUGUCUGAAUUGAA